GUUCGAUUGGUGCACCGUGACAGGGACGCGGAGAGGAAGAUGCCUCUGGAUGGGGACCAGGGAGAAGCCAGCUUUGCAAAGCCACAGAUUCCCAGAGAUGCCAGCCCAGGAGGCCCCGGGGUCCCGUUCGACCUGGAGCGGUUUCAGCCCUUCUGAUGCGUGCAGCUGACCGAGCGGCCCCCCUCCCUCCUCCGUUGCUCUCCCCCGUUCUUCUAGCUGGUUCUCUGCCGUGUUUAUUUAUUUCUCCCUUCUCCCUCCCUCGACCUGAGUCGUCUCCCCCUCCCCAGCACCCUGCUCCCCCCGAUCGAUGGUUUCCCACCCCUUAAGAUGCUAAGGCAGGGGCCGCUCAUCUUCCUGGCCGCGUCUAUGUCGUAUUUCAACCCGGACAAAGCCCUUGCAGCGCCAGUGGACCAGGGUCUCUCUCAGGGCCGGGUCCCUCUGGCUCCUCCCUAUGCCGUGGUCCUGAUCUCCUGUUCGGGUCUCCUGGCCUUCAUCUUCCUUCUCCUCACCUGCUUGUGUUGCAAACGGGGAGAUGUUGGGUUCAAGGAGUUCGAGAACCCAGAUGGGGAGGAGUAUUCAGGGGAGUACACGCCACCCGCUGAGGAGACCUCGUCCUCUCAGUCCCUCCCAGACGUCUACAUCCUGCCCCUCUCAGAGGUCACACUCCCACCUCCCAACCAGCAGAUACUUAAGACAGAUCUGGUAAAGAAUUUGGGUUUGAGCCGUCAACACCUCAGCUACCUGCAGGAGAUUGGCAAUGGCUGGUUUGGGAAGGUAAUCCUUGGAGAAAUCUUCUCGGACUUCACCCCAGCCCAAGUGGUGGUGAAGGAGCUGCGGGUCAGUGCGGGGCCGCUGGAGCAGAGGAAGUUCCUGGCUGAAGCCCAACCUUAUCGAAGCCUCCAGCAUCCGAACAUCCUGCAGUGUUUGGGGCUGUGUACGGAGACCAUCCCCUUCCUGCUCAUCAUGGAGUUCUGCCAGCUGGGUGAUCUGAAGCGGUACCUGCGGGCACAGCAGAAGGGGGAUGGGCUGACCCCUGACCUGCUGACCCGUGACCUGGGCACAUUGCAGCGCAUGGCCUAUGAGAUCACCCUGGGGCUCAUGCAUCUGCACAAGAACAACUACAUCCACAGUGACCUGGCGCUCCGGAACUGCCUGCUAACCUCCGACCUCACUGUGCGUGUGGGGGACUAUGGCCUCUCACACAACAACUACCGGGAGGAUUAUUACAUCACCCCCGACCGGCUGUGGAUCCCCUUGCGCUGGGUGGCCCCUGAGCUCCUGGACGAGACUCAUGGGACCCUCAUGGUGGUGGAUCAGAGCAAGGAGAGUAACGUCUGGUCCCUGGGGGUGACGAUCUGGGAGCUGUUUGAGUUCGGCAGCCAACCCUACCGGCACCUCUCUGACGAGGAGGUUCUGACCUUUGUCAUCAAGGAGCAGCAGAUGAAACUGGCCAAGCCCCGCCUCAAGCUGCCCUACUCUGACUACUGGUAUGAGGUGAUGCAGUCCUGCUGGCUCCCAGCCCUGCAGCGGCCCACAUUGGAGGAGCUGCACUUGCAGCUGACGUAUCUGCUGACAGAGCGUUCCAAUGAGCAGGCGGAGGAGAGCUUCGAGUGGCGGUGGAACGCCUUGAAGCCUAAGCGCUCGCCUGUGGCCUCUCCCCCAGCAGGGGUUCCUCGCCGUCAGCGUUCAGAGGAGAUCUCAGCCUACCCACUGUUGGAUGGAUUUCAGGGGGCUGACAUGGAUGAUAUCCUGACCGUCACUGAGAGCAGCCGGGGCCUCAACUUCGAGUACAUGUGGGAGAAGGCCCGGCUGGGGCGGUGGAAGGGCGCCCCUGCCUCUGGCCCCUCCUCAACCCCUGCUGCUCCACCCCACAGCCUGGAGUACCCACCCAGCAAUGGGGCACUGGCUGUGCCGGGCACCAACCCCUUCUAUGAAGCUCCAGCACGGCAGACCCUUGAGACGCCCAGUGUGGUGCCUGUCAUCAGCGCCCGCAGCCCCUCAGUUAGCAGCGAGUACUACAUCCGGCUGGAAGAGCAUGGGGCCAAUGAUGGGCCAGAGCGCUCGGUCUGCACCCCCAGCCCUGUCUAUGAGCACCAGUAUGGGGUGUCUGGCUCCCCACUGGAGCCCCUGUUCCCUUCAGACUGGGACCCCAUCGAGGCUGGGCAGGGCACCCCACCGCUGUCCCGACACCCUCCCCGGCACCACCACCACCAUCACCACCACCACCACGCCCCACUUCUCCUGCAGGAGGGGCCAGAGACCUGGGCUCCUGGCAGCACCAACCCUUUCCUAUCUGUAUCGCAGGAGCUGGGCCGCCGCGGGAACAACCCCUUCCGGGCUGAGGCGGGUGAGAUCCAGGAGACGUCCCUGACAGAGCCGCCCCCUGGGCCGGGGGGUGGCGGGGGGGAUGUCUUUCUGGGAGAUUCCCUGCUCCAUGUCUACAGGGAGCUAGAGGACCAGCAGCGGAGCUGGGACUCAGACACGCUGGAAGAGAGGGGUGCUGGGGAGACACUGGCAGGGGACCCAGCCGAGUACCGUUCCUCACCCCCCUGGGACCGGGAGCCCUCGUUGAUGGAAGACCAGAGCUCAGGUGGCAGCACGGAUGGGGAGGACAGGAGCAGUGGUGGGGGCGGGCGCCGCAGCCUCCUUCCUUGUCCUCUCUGCAGCCGGGGUGCCCAGUCACAUUGCACUUGUGCCGUAGCCCGAGCGGAGGUGGUGAGUGGCUGGAGCAACCACCCUGGCAUCCACCGGCCUCACCGCGACAGCUACGGCACCGAGGACGACUCCUCACUCAAGGUGGAGCGGGGGUCACUCUCCGACUGCCCCAUUCUACCCUCCAAGGACUUCCAGGGUGGGGAGGGUUUUCCCAGCAUGGGCGGGGCUGGCGAGGGUUUCCCCGGUGUGGGCGGGGCCACUCUACUGGUCCCGCCCCCUCCCGCCAAGGCUCUGCCCCCUUCCUUGGAGUUCUACGACCCGCUGAUGGGGACGGCGGUGAAGAGCUACGACCUCCAGGACUACCCCAAGCGGGGCAAGGGGCCAGCGCCCCAGGAGACAGGGAGGCUGCCAGGGUCCCCUUUCCCCGGCAUGGCCGUCGGAUGCUGCAGCGUCAUUGUCCCAGUGGAGAUCCCACCGCUGUCCACACUGGCGGAGAGCGCCGAAGAGGAAACCAUCGCCAUCCUGCCCGAGGCCGCAGAAGGCUUUGCACCCAGCCCAGAUGCGCUGGGCCUCAGUCAGGCCCCACCGGGGCGGCAGAGGGGCACACUGGACUCAGUGGACUCCCUGGACAUCCCCUCCAACACCAGCUCAUCAGAUGUUUGCAGCCCGGCCUCCCAUUACUCCUCACCGGGUCAGAAGUUCGGCGACAGCGGCUACGAGACGGAGAGCACCUUCUCCCCCGAGUUCAUCUUCAAGGAGGCCGAGGAGCGGCACGGGGACGAGGACGAAGAAGGCGAGGCAGGCGGCAAAGACGGCACGACCCACCUGCCGCCCACGCCCAUCUCGGAAUCCACCAGCGACCUGACGCUGUCGGAGGAGGCACCGAGCACCGAGGAGGAGGCAGCAGGGAGGGAGCUGGGCCUGACCACUCCCCAUCGGGACUCAGCCUAUUUCUCAGACGGCGAGAUGGAGUGGGGGGCCCCAGUGGGGAGGCAGGAGGCCAAGGCCAGGGUGGGAGGGCAGGAGCUCGGCGUAGAAGAGCCUCCAGAAAGCGAUGCCGCCAUGCCACUGGCCCCAGUCCAACCACCAGCCAAGAUGGAGAACGGCUUUGUGGUACAAAUCUGCAAGGAACAGCUGCUGGUCUCACUGAGGGAGAAUGUCACCCGGAACUUGCUGAGUGGCCGCGAGGCCCCGGGGACCCCAGCGUCUGGGACCCCUGUCCUGAAGGACCAAGCUGUGAUCCAGCUCUGGGUGCUGGAGCCAGAGGUGGAGCCAAAGAUGCCAGAGGUGGAGUUGAAGGUGCCAGAGCAAGGGCCAAAGACGCCAGAGCAGGGGUUGAAGGAGGCCAAGGAGAAAGAGGAGGAGGUGGUGGCUGGAAACGAUGGAGAGGCCCCAGGCAGCCACCUGCCACUGGGCAAGGAGGAAGAGGAGGUGGAGGAGGAAAAGCAGGAGGGGGAGGGUGGCAUAGAGGAGGUCGACGGGCAGCCUGCAGAGCAGGAGGGACCGGAGAGCAAGGAGAUGCGCCCGGACAGCCAGGCAUUGCUGGAGCAGAACAAGGAGGCCCCGGCACCAGUCCCCGAGGAGGGCAGCAAGGUGUCUCAGCAGCCCCGGCUGCACCUGGACUUCAGCCCAACCGUGAAUCAAGGCAGCUUGGACAUCAAGGCCAAGGUGUCCCGCCUGUCCCUCUCGCUGCCCCCUCUGACCCUGCAGCCCUUCCCCAGCCCAGGGGGGCGGAAGCCCUUCUGGGAGGGGGCCAAGGAGGGCUGCAGGGGGCUCCCGGUGGAGGAGGAGCAGGAGGGGGGCCCGCGGGAGGCCCUGGGGCUGGGCGAGGAGGAGGAGGAGGUGGACGAGGAGGUUCUGGGGGGCGUGGGCGUCCCCAUCGUGGUCAGCGAAUUGGACGACGGGCGCAACUUGCGCGGCCUCCUCAAGUCACCGCGCUCGGCCGAGGAGGCCGCGGAGCUGGACCGUAAGCGCAAGAUGGUGUCCUUCUUUGAUGACGUCACUGUCUAUCUGUUUGAUCAGGAGACGCCAACCAAUGAACUGAGCUCCCAGAGUGCCCCAGAGAGUGAUGGCGCCAACAGUAUUACGCCAGGCACCGCCGGGGAGCCGGGUCUUGAUGCCUUCUCACCUGCUGAUGGCUUCAGUGGCAGCUUUGAGUGGGAUGAUGACUUCCCGUUGAUGGCCCAGAACCCAUCCUUUGUCUCCAUGGUGACGGACCCAGGCACGCUGCCCUCACCCAUGCCACCCCCCUCAUUACUCCCAGCCAAGGGGGCCGAGCCCAGCAUCAUGGAUGCCCUGCGCUUCUCCCGCUUCACUGUCUCCCCAGCCCUUGAGCCCCACCUCCCCCCCCAUGAGGCCGAGUUGGCGGCCACAGCCAACCCAAUUGAAAACUGAGAUGGGGUCCCCCCAUUGCACCACAGGGCUCCCCUCAGCCCAGCCGUGACCGUCUGUAGCAGGGAGCGGCAACACGCAUGUGCCAGGCAUGUUAUGUGGGGGUACAUGUCCCAUCCAGGGGCUGGACUCACCCCCAAAGGACACAUCAUCGCUGAGCCACAGGGGGCUGGCUCUGAAACAGAGACUGAAAAGGCUGGGACAUGUCCCAGGGGACCGGGGCAUCCAACUGCCCCUGGCACAGAUCUUUCAGUACCCAUGGGACUGGCUGCUCUGGACAAUUAUGUUUUUUUUACUGUGACUCAGAUGUGGGAGGAGGCAAAACCAGCUUGCAGUGGGGUGGGGAGGACUCAUGCUGCUGAAUGUAUCCCUGGGGGCCCUGCUCCCACAGUUCACAUCUCCACCCCCACCUGCCAUUGAUAGUCUGUCUUGUGCCAAACCUAAUCUCGGGGUAGCUUUGUGGGGUGGGUGGGGAGGGGGAAGGGGGGUCAGGAGUUGAGAUUGGACCCUCCCCUUACUCCUCAGCACCAGUGUGGGAACCUCAGCCCCAUGUGCACCCAUAGGGCUGGGGGGGCUGAAGACCCUUCGUGACUCCCAUCCUGGGCUGGGUUGGAAGUAAUGACCCCGCACCCUCCAGGGCCCCGUGGGAAGGGAAAGGAGACAGAGCCCGGCACUUUUGCCAUCCCAUUGUCCAGUCGGCAUCUCCACCAGUGGUUUAACCCUUUGUCUCUCAAGGAUCCCAAUAAAUUCAUCAGCAGUGGGGGAACACCACUCCCCAUGCCCCCCCCAAGCAAAACCAGCCCUAGGAAAAUAGCACCCCUGCCCCCACUGCCACUCUCCUUCAUCUUCUUGGUGCCAAACUCUGUCUAAUGGGGGCAAAGUGGGGGACCCUAUGCCAGAGGGAAAGUGCCCCUACCCCUGACUUCACAAAAAGGACAGAGUGCCUCCUACUGGCCAGCAGGAGAUAAACCCAGAGGGGAGUUGAUGGGGUCUAAGGCAGCUCCCCCACCCCUGGCAGUGCAACUGUGGGGGUGGGGGGCACCUCAGCCCAGGGCUGACACUGGGAUAUGGGGGAGGUAUGACGGUACAGUAUGGGUUGAUUUCUUUCUUCUUUUUUUAAAGACUAAAAAAAAAAAUUACUGGGCUAUACUAGGGAGCAGACUGGAGGUCACUGAUUUCUACUGGCAGUGCCCUGGUGCUCAGUGGUUUAUACUGGGAGCAUCCUGCAGACCAAUAGCUUCUAUGGGGCUUGUGCUGAAGGACUCUGCUGGCCAUGGACUGGUUGUCUCUGAGUCAUACUGGGAGCAGCGUGCUGAUAAUGAAGUUAUAUAGGAGUGUCUGGCCCACCCUGGUGUACUGUGGAUGUGCAAUGCUGGCUUGGGCAGGGGAAGCGGUAUACUGGGGGGAGCAUCGUGGAAGACAUGUUCCUGGAGCAUGUUGAGAGCAGGUUGCUAAAUGACAGGGCAAUCCGCCCUGAUAGUUUGCCACUGUGAGCUGGAGGGACUAAGUUUGGGGGUCGGAGGAGGGAAAGGGGAGGGCAAGCAGGGGCCUAUAAUCCUAACCCGGGGUUCGUGGUGGGGCCACCCGCUGCCGGUCCCAGGGCCUAUCCCGUCCCCUCUCCCACUCCCCUCCGGUCAUGGUCUCCCACCACCUUCCUGCAUCUGGAACAAGAGGUGAGUCUGAGUGAAUCCCCCAGGUUAGACGUGGAUCUUGGUGCUGCUCUGUGGGGUGGGUCUGGGCCGACUCAGCAGAGAAGGGUGGGGGCUGGCCAGGCCCUGCCUGUACAUAGAGACCUGGGAGCCUUGGAAGGGGCCAGCACCGCCUUCGCCGAGUUCUCUAUUUGCCAAAACGAAGAAGAGAUUAACAAAAAUGAACAAUAAAUCAAAGUGUCUUCUAGCCAGAGAACAAAAAAAAGCCUUAUUGGGAAAGCAGGGGAUGGUGUAAUGAUGGGUGGGUGGAUGGAAAGCGGCAGCAGGGAGAAAGAGGAGUGGCAGGGGGAGGGAUGAGUGGAUAAUGGGCCUCGCAGGCAGGGAGGGAUUGGGGAGCAAGAGUGUUGGGGGAAGGAUGGGUGGGGUAGUGGGUGGGCAAAGGGUAUGGACUGGUUGUGGGAGGUGGACGGAAAGCACCGGAAGCUCAGCAGUCUCUCUCGCCACGUGCAUGCACACAUACAUGCCUGCAUGUGUACAUGCACACACACACACGUGCACACGUACAAAGUUCUGGGGAGUUUCUGAUGCGGUGAGCACCCAUGGCUGGGAGAGGUUUAAAUUAAUCUUUAUUAAUCCUAGGAUGGGAUGCAGUAUUUCCCAAGAUGCAUAGAUAUGUACAUGGCUCACCAG